AUGAAUAUGACGAUAUCAUAUCAUAUGCUACGUAGGACGACGUUUAAGAUGAUAAACUCUAUGCCAUGUAUUGUCAAUCUGUUCCGAGUUCUCAGACUUAGUUUGCCGGCGGCAGGAAUAAUUGAGCCUUAAUUUCCAUUGCCUUGUGGAGCCGCCGCUGCCGUCACAACUUUCCCGAUUACCCAAUUCAAUUAUCCGAUAACAUGCUUCUUCUUUCACCAUUGCCACUCUCCACUCGCUUUCCCGUAAUACAAUUCCCUUCUCCCACCGUCUUCCUCCACCACCAGAACCCCCAUAUUACAACAACCCAUCUCCCAUUUCCCUUCAUCUCCGCCACCGCUACAACCUCCUCCUCCGUCGUCACCUGUUACACUUCCUCCGACGCCCUCGAGCUCGACGUUUUCGAAAACGACCCCGUUUCCCUUCAGAGUCGCCACUACGACUUCACUCCUCUACUCGACUUCCUUUCCCGGUCUUCGCUCUAUCCCAAGUCCGAUUCCGAUUCGGAGGUGGAAUUUAACUCUACUUUGAACUCCGGUUCUGACUCCGAUACGGCUUCUCCGACCUCCCUAGACCCCACCGAGUUCCAGCUUGCUGAGGCCUACAGGGCCGUGCCGGCGCCUCUCUGGCACUCUCUACUUAAGUCUCUUUGCUCUUCUUCCUCUUCGAUUGGGCUAGGUUAUGCGGUGGUUUCAUGGCUUCAGAAACAUAAUCUGUGUUUCUCUUAUGAAUUGCUUUACUCGAUUCUCAUUCAUGCACUUGGCCGCUCUGAGAAGCUCUAUGAAGCUUUUAUUCUCUCCCAGAAGCAAACCCUAACCCCCUUAACGUAUAAUGCUCUCAUUGGUGCUUGUGCUCGCAAUAAUGAUUUGGAGAAGGCCCUUAAUUUGAUGUCUAGGAUGAGACAGGAUGGUUAUCAAUCUGAUUUUGUCAACUAUAGUUUGAUAAUUCAGUCGCUUACUCGCACGAAUAAGAUUGAUGUCCCAAUCUUGCAAAAACUUUACGAAGAGAUUGAGUCUGAUAAAAUUGAACUCGAUGGGCAACUCCUUAAUGAUAUCAUAUUGGGGUUUGCGAAAGCUGGAGAUCCUAACCGAGCUCUGUAUUUCUUGUCCAUGGUACAGGCGAGUGGUUUAAAUCCCAAAACUUCUACUUUUGUUGCUAUUAUUUCUGCGUUGGGAAAUCAUGGGCGGACAGAGGAAGCUGAGGCUAUAUUUGAGGAAAUGAAAGAAGGUGGAUUGAAACCAAGAAUUAAGGCUUUUAAUGCACUUCUUAAAGGUUAUGCUAGAAAGGGUUCUUUGAAAGAAGCAGAAUCUAUUGUUUCAGAGAUGGAAAAGAGUGGAUUAUCACCGGAUGAGCACACAUAUGGUCUUCUCGUUGAUGCUUAUGCAAAUGUGGGCAGAUGGGAAAGUGCAAGACAUCUGUUGAAACAAAUGGAAGCUAGAAAUGUACAGCCCAACUCCUUUAUUUUCAGUAGGAUUUUAGCUAGUUAUCGGGACCGUGGCGAAUGGCAGAAAACAUUUGAAGUUUUGAGGGAAAUGAAGAACAGCAAUGUCAAACCUGAUAGGCAUUUUUACAAUGUUAUGAUUGACACUUUCGGGAAAUUCAAUUGCCUUGAUCAUGCUAUGGAAACGUAUGACCGGAUGCUCUCUGAGGGGAUUGAACCAGAUGUUGUUACUUGGAACACGCUUAUAGAUUGUCAUUGUAAGCAUGGAUACCAUGACAGGGCUGCAGAGUUGUUUGAGGAAAUGCAGGAGCGUGGUUAUUUACCUUGUCCCACAACAUAUAAUAUUAUGAUCAAUUCAUUAGGAGAGCAGGAAAAAUGGGACGAGGUGAAAAUCUUGUUAGGAAAGAUGCAGAGUCAGGGCUUACUUCCCAAUGUGAUAACAUACACUACACUUGUUGAUAUAUAUGGGCAGUCAGGGAGGUUUAAUGAUGCAAUUGAGUGCUUGGAGGCCAUGAAGUCUGCUGGGCUGAAACCAUCCUCAACAAUGUAUAAUGCUUUAAUCAAUGCCUUUGCUCAAAGAGGUUUGUCAGAGCAGGCAGUAAAUGCAUAUAGAGUUAUGAGAUCAGAUGGAUUAAAGCCCAGUCUCUUGGCUCUUAAUUCAUUGAUCAAUGCAUUUGGCGAGGAUAGGAGAGACAUUGAAGCCUUUUCAAUCUUGCAGUACAUGAAGGAAAAUGAUGUGAAGCCUGAUGUUGUCACAUAUACAACACUUAUGAAAGCUUUGAUUCGUGUUGACAAAUUUGACAAGGUUCCGGCUGUGUAUGAAGAGAUGAUUUUGUCUGGAUGUACUCCUGAUGGAAAGGCCAGAGCCAUGUUGCGGUCUGCCCUCAGAUACAUGAAGCGUACACUAAGCUUAUAGUUGCCCGCCCGAUCUUGUAAUCAUGCACCCUGGAGAAUAAAUUUGCUUGCGUUUAUCCAACCAAUACUUAUAGUAGGAAUUGCCAAAAGCUGAGUCAUAUCCUUAUGACUUGGAGAAAUAUUUGAUCUUACACAAAUAGUAUGGCAUUAUACCAGCAAAAAGUAGCAUUUCUACAGUAGAACUCUCAAUGCUCGCCUCUCCUUCAGCUCCCUUAAAUGACACAGAUCCACCCCACCCGGCUGUCAGGUGAAGGGUCUUAGAAACACCAGGAAAAUUCCCAUCUGUUAAUCAUUCUUGUAUUAUUGUUUAUAUUAACACCAUUCUUACGUUAUACAGUAAAAUGCAGAAUAAAUAAUCUAUCCAAGGACCUCACUUCAAUGACUGUUC